GUUGCUCGCGUGCAGGCACUCGGCAAGGUCGCACUUGUGAGGCUCUCUCGUGUUUUAAGCGUUCUUUUGGCCAGUUGGCCCGUAAACUUAAUUAUUACAAAAAAAAGAGUAAAAGAUGGGGAUUGCUAUUCGCAUCACCCUGUUUUUUGCCAUUUUAUAUUUCGCUAGUACAUUUUCUAAUGCUUCCGAAGACGUAGAAUUGAAGGACCCAACUCUAGUGGCCGUUUCCAUCUUCGCAGCAAACACUAUUUUGAAAGAUGCAGAAACAUACGGCAUUCAGAAUACAUCGUCACUUCAGAAAAUUAUGGAUGCACAUAUUGUCCCAGGUUCCCAGCCUUCGCCAACACAGUAUAUGCUCACUAUAGAGCUUGGAAAUAAUUGCACCAAUAAUGAAGAAACUUGCAUUGGAGGAAGGCAUAUUUGUGAAGUAAUUGUCCUUGAUGCACCUUGGAAUGAAAAGCGCAUUCUUGAUGAGGACAAAACAAAAUGUGCUGAUAGAGAACCAAAUUCUCCUCCAGAAUUCAUAGAUAGUAGCACAAUUGCUACAUCACUACUAUUGGAGGAUGCAGCUACCAAAGCACUAGCUGAAAAGGCUGUGUCUCAAAUGGGAGAACGUCGAGGAGGGAAACACACCUUGAAACAUAUUGGUCAUGCGAGAAAAGUUAUUAUGGAAGAAACCAACAGUAGCUUGUACUAUUUGACUUUGUACAUAUCAACAACAGAUGAAAAUGUGAUAAAUGAGGCUUGUGAAGUCACCAUGGAAGAAGCACUGUCCACUUCAGAGCAGACUCUUCAAUCUCUUCGAUGCUUUACCACUGGAGACAAUGAAGGAGCUGACAAAUUCGGCAUCGCACGCGUACCGGCUGAGGAAUUAACCACAAGCUUGGUUCGCCACGCUGUUCUUGCCUCGUUGGCUAUCAUUGAUGCAGAAUCCGUUUCCGCGUUCCAGUUUAAAGUUAUUGGCUACCUGUUAGCUGAUUCCCGUGUUUCAGUAGACAGUGGAACAAGAGAUCUUGAUUUAAAAUUAGGCUUAGUACCCACCCUCUGCAUUAAACGCCCUGAAGAAGAGAAUGAAGACGAAAGUAAAUCUUGCACCAUUGACCAAGAGCGCGAUCCAUCUGUUUGCUCCAUUACACUCACGCAGUGGCCUUGGGUUGCUGACGGGUAUCUCUUCUCCGAUUUUGACUGUGAACCGACUACUUAUGCGGCCAUUGCAGAAGAGUUAGAGGCUUACGCGGAUGAAGAUGUACCGGCAGAAGAAGAGGGGGCUGAAGUGGAAGAAGUCAGUAGUAAUGCAGUCCAAUUGGCCAGCAGAAGAGAAAAUGUGGAGGAAGUUGUGGAAGGAGUGACGGAGGAAGUAGGAAUUCUAGGAGCUGAAGAAGAAACUUUCGUUGGACGCAGUUCACCCUGUUUGGGUUGCCCAUCCAAUAUCGACGUUAACUCAACUGAAGUCAAAGAAUUGGCGAAUUUCGCGUUAAGCGCCCUUGAGAAUGCUGCUAAUAGCGAUAAAAUUCAGAGUGUUGUUCGCAUCGUCAAAGCUACUAGUCAAGUUGUUAGUGGUAGCUUGUAUGUGUUGACAAUCGAACUAGUCGACACGAACUGCCUUCGAAGUGAGAACGCUGACCGCUCGAAAUGCCAGCCUAAUCUUGCCGAGGGAACUCGUCGCAUGUGCACGGUUGGCAUCUGGGAUCAACCGUGGCUCAAUUCUAAACAAAUUCGUGAACCUCAGUGUGUUUCGCCUACCUUAACAGUCGUCAGGCGUUCUAUCACAGAUGAAAGUGACGUAAAGAGUGGAAGAAGUCUUACUCCAAUCUCACCCGACGAUGAGGAAGCAAAGGAUAUCGCAGCAUUUGCGCUCAAUCGACUUGAUUCGUUCGAUGAUAACUCCAAAAAGCGUAUUUUAGUAACAGUCGUUGAAGGAACCUCUAGUACUGAGGGUAGAUCAAAAACCUUCAAAAUGAAAAUUCAUGUUGCCCUAGCGGAUUGCCCUGAAGGAAGCAGCGCAAACAAUGAAGCUUGUCUUACUAGUCUCGCAGGAAAUCCCCAUCACUAUCUUUGCGACAUUCAAGUCCUAGUUCCGUUGAGGGACAGCAGAUUUGUGCAGCGUCGUUUGGUGAAUUCGAGAUGCUUCCCGAUCAAGCCUCAUGAAGCGAACAAAACCGAUAAAAGUAAAGACUUUGCCGGAGUAGAUUCCACUCAACAUGCGCCACAGCGGAACACUGUGACUGACGAGCAUGACGCAAACGACAAGACUAGCCCCUACAUUAAAUCCGUAGCAGACUUUGUUACAAAAACCAUCAACCAGAGGAGCAACGGAAACGUCCUUAAUCUAGUUCGCAUUGUUCGAGCUGACACACAACUAGUAGCCGGCAAGAAAGUCACUUUGGACGUUGAGGUCGGCUUCACCAACUGCACGAAAGCCGACGGCGCUGGAGCCAACUGCCAUCUAGACAAUUCUCAGACGAACGUGGUUUGUCGCGUUACUGUUUGGGAUAGAGUCUGGCUUAACGACCGCCGAGUUACCAACAUGACGUGCGACUCGCUAUCUCUCUCUUCUGCGAAUCAAGACGAUGCAAUUUCCGUUGCCUCAGAAAUGCCGGCUCCCGUGGAUAGCCUGGGUUCAUCAUCUCCGUCGGCCAUCGUUGGAGGCCAUGGCCAGGCCGAUACCAUGUCAACCGAAAUUGAAGCGUAUGCUGACUUUGCCUUAGCUGUUAUCGAAGAGCAAUCGAAUGCAGGCGAAAAACUGAAAGUGGCCAAGAUUCUCGCCUCAUCGGUACAGAUUGUCCAAGGGAAAAAUGUUCGAUUGUCACUUGAAAUUGCCUCUACCAACUGCAAGAAAGAUCAAGCAAGCGGAGACAAUUGCAUAGUUGACGAAAGCAAAGAUUUUCAAGUUUGCAACAUUCAAAUCUGGGACCGGGCUUGGCUACAAGAAAAGCAGGUGACUGACCUGAAUUGUCAGUCUAAGAAACCUAAGCAUAGAAAUCCCAAAAGCGAAGAUUUUGAUGAGAGCCCAUUUGUCGGAUAUGCUCCACGUACGUUUCGACUCGGUGGCGAUGUGAAAUUGCCCAAAAAAGUUCCACGUUUGGGGGGAAGGAAUACCCAACAAAAUUUACCGUUGCUAGGUGGAUACUCCCCGGUAGAUCCAGCUGAUGCCACUAUUGUAGAAAUAGCAAACUUUGCAACAACCGUUGCUAGCAAUUCUCUGAAUGCCGAAUCCACAAACUCCGCACCGUAUACUUUGGCCAAAAUUCAUUCAGCGAAAAAGCAAGUUGUUGCCGGCAUCAACUAUAAACUGGAACUGGAAUUUACUCGACAUAAUGAAUCGCUCUUUUGCAGAGUUGUUGUCUUAGAGCAGAGCUGGUUGUCGUUACGAGAACUAACUAAUAUGACCUGCUUUCCACAAGGAUUUCCCCCAAGCCAACGAAAAGCCAAAAACGCUCUCGGGGCCUACAGACCUGCGGCUGUGCAUGACACAGCCGUCAAAGACGCUGCAACGUUCGCCGUGUCUGCCAUGUCGGAAGCCUCACCGAACGCUCCGUUCUCGCUCAUGAAAAUCAAAAACGCAGCAAGACAAAUUGAGAGCAAACAAGUUAAUUACAAACUUACAUUGUUACUCUUGAAAGACAAAGCUACAGUCAUCUGCAAUGCAAUUGUGGCCGAAAAAUCAUCAAGCCAAUUGGUCAGCUCAUCGUGUCGUGAUAGCAAAAAGCGUCGUGGUCUCGAAGGAGGUUACAAACCAGCCGAUGUCAACGACGUGACCAUCAGAGAGAUGGCCGACUUUGCUACAUUGGCAAUCAGCAAAUCUACCAACGCUGGAGCUCUUUCUGUUGUAAACAUUACUUCAGCUGAAACUCAAGUAGUUUCAGGGAAAAACUAUAAAAUAACUCUGCAAGCUCAAGGUGAUGCUGGACUUCAAACCUGCUCCGUAGUAGUUUAUGACCAAAGCUGGACGAAAACACGAAAACUAACAUCUUUUACGUGUGAGGAUUUGACGAAGAGUCGCGUUAGUCGUCAAUUGCAAAUCCGGCCCCGGCGCCCAGGACCCGCUCGCCCUAUACCUAUCCGACCAAAUAAUUCCGAACUUUCGAUCCAACCACCGUCACACUGCGUCGGUGGAUAUUGCCCCAUCGAUAAAAACGAAAAAGCUGUGAAAGACAUGGCAAACUUUGCUACAUUUGCAUUGAGUCGUUCGAUGAAUUCUGUACCUCUACAGUUCGUCCAAGUUAUAUCCGCUGAGCGGCAAGUAGUUGCGGGAUUUAAUUAUCGCCUUGGCUUGGAAUUCAGCGAGCCUAGAGGAAACGUCUUUUGCAAAGUAGUUGUUUUCGAUCAAGCUUGGACGUCUACACGUGAACUUAGUCAGAUGCAAUGCGAAUUGGUACCGAUUCAACCUUCAGCUAUGCCAGGCGUUAAGACCGAAGCAGCAGCCGAAACUGACGAAUCUGCGAUUGAAAAAACAGGGGAUUCAACCGCAACUAGUGUACCUGGAGCCUACGUCAGUAUUAAUCCCUCGGAUAACGAAGUAGCGGAACUAGCUACAUUUGCCGCUACGAUGUUAAGCCACGCAAGACAAGGAGACGACCUGACUCUAGUAAAAGUCUUGUCUGCAUCAAAGCAGGUUGUGGAGGGGUCAAAUUACCAAUUAGGUCUCCAGCUGACAAGCAUUAGUGGCAUCAGUUUACGGUGUGACGUUGUCGUUUAUUAUAAUGCAAACGCUCGUCAUUUAACGUAUUCUAGUUGUGGACCUUUGAAUCGCCGUAAGCGUUCUUCCGAUCAAAUAACCGGAGGUGUUAUUCCAAUGGAUAUCAACAGCAAGAAAACCAAAGAGUUGACGGACUUUGCCGUGUCGGCCAUUUCUAUUCGCUCCAAUGAACCCAAUGCCCCAAGUAACGUUCGAGUAUUGAAAGCCACUAAACAAGUUGUCGCGGGAAUGAUGUACACCCUCGAGCUUGAAUUGAGGUUUACCGAUUGCCAACAGAAUAAUGAAUCGUGUGUUCGUCGUCAGAAAUGCAGUGCUUCCAUUUGGGAACAACCUUGGUUGGGGAAACGAGAAGUCACGAAGUUAACGUGCAAUGACCUGAACACGGAGACGGUGCCUGCUUUACAAUCAUCUCUUCCACGUCGCCACUUGGUGGGUGGAAUCAAACCGGCUGAUCCUUCUUCAGAAGAAAUUAAAGCCCACGCUUCGUUUGCUCUUACAGCCAUUCAGGCUCAAUCAAAUGCGAGAAACUUGUUGAACAUUGUGCGCAUAAGAAAUGCUGGUACACAAACUGUUUCAGGGAAGAAGAUUUAUCUGACGAUUGAGGUUGGACAAACGAAAUGUCCACUAUCUUCCAACCAAAGCGACCGGGAGUGCCCACUAGAUCGUUCUGCCGAACGUCAGCUUUGCAAAGUCGAAAUAUGGACACAGCCAUGGCUGAAUGAGCGCCAAAUAACAAAUCUCAAAUGUGCCCUAUUGGGAACUACUAAAAAACAAUGCACAUCGAAGACGUGCAAGCGAUCCCGUCGAUCGACCGAAAAUGUCCUCAACUCGCACGGACAUCACCACCAUCAUCAUCAUUCUAAAAACCUAAAGAAAACACGGAAAUUAAAGCAUAUGACAGCUUUCCGCAGUUACGCCAAGGAAUUUAACAAAAUUUAUAAAACAUGGGAAGAAUUUGAACAUCGUUACAAAAUCUAUCGGGCUAACCAAGAAAAAAUUCAGCUACUUAAUCGAUAUGAGAUGGGAACGGCAGUGUAUGGAGACACACCUUUCUCAGACUGGAGCGCAGCCGAAUAUAAAGCCCAUUUGGCCGGUUUUAGACCAAUCCUUCGACAGUCACAUGCUCGCCUUCCUCAAGCCGCUAUUCCUAAAAUAGAUCUUCCGGAUGAAUUUGAUUGGCGGAAUCAUAGUGUAGUAACUCCUGUGAAGGAUCAAGGAUCUUGCGGCUCUUGCUGGGCCUUCUCUGUUACAGGAAACGUUGAAGGUGUUUAUGCUGUUCGGAACGGAGAACUUCUUUCUCUGAGCGAGCAAGAGCUGGUUGACUGUGACAAACUUGACAGUGGCUGUAACGGAGGGUUACCAGAAAAUGCUUACAAAGCUAUCAAGGAAAUCGGUGGAUUGGAAUCUGAAUCGGAUUAUCCAUACAACGGCCACCAAAACAAGUGUAAAUUUGAGGCCAACAUCACUCGAGUGCAGGUCACCGGGGGUGUAGAAAUAUCAACUAACGAGACCGAAAUGGCCCAGUGGCUUGUUCAGAACGGACCCAUUUCGAUUGGUAUUAAUGCCAACGCAAUGCAGUACUAUCGAGGAGGUGUUAGCCAUCCCUGGAAACCGUUAUGUAGACCCGGAAGCCUUGACCAUGGCGUGUUGAUUGUUGGCUACGGAGUCGCAAAUUAUCCAAAAUUCAACAAAACACUACCUUACUGGAUUGUGAAGAACAGCUGGGGCACAAAAUGGGGUGAACAGGGAUACUAUCGAGUCUUCCGAGGUGAUGGUACGUGUGGAUUGAAUAAGAUGUGCACCUCUGCCACUCUGGACUGAGUAGCUUGAAUGAUAUUCUUUCCCGCUAGUUCAUCGUUCGAUAUCUUACUCAACCUAUUUUAUUCUCUUGUAUCCUUUUUAAUUUAAAAUUUGCUCGGGAAUGGGCAAGUGCUGAAGGCAUAUUGAAACACGUGAUUGACGUUCGGGGUCAAGGACGUUGAAUAUUUCAUAUUAGAAGACUAUGUAUGUGUUCGAACCAGAUAUAAUCUCAAUAAAUUGAACGUGUAAUCGUC